AUGAAGCUCCAAAGUCUUCCAGCAUUGUUCAUCAUCCUGCUGCACGCAUUUUCGGUGCGAUCUUCGCAUCGUCACUGUUUGCAGUACAAGUCAUCGAUAACUUUGUUCAAUGAGCCCCUGAUGAUACUGGGUCAUCAACCAAGCGUCAACAUCGGCCCAAUGAUUCCGUGCCAAAUACGGGGUGGAGCAAUCCUGCUGCGAAUCUGGCACGAUCACAAUGCAACAGCCAAGAAUGACGUGUGUCCCCGAUUCUGGCAGUUCGAGCACAAUCCGGAAGAAAAGCGGCAACGUGUGAUACAGUGUUGUGAUGAAGUGGCUGAACGGCUUCCGGUGGAUCAAAACUGCCAACGAGCGCAAGAAAUGUUCAACUGCUACUAUAAAAACUUGGAUUUCCGAUGGGUUGAGAAGUUUUUUAUACCACGGGCUGAGCUGCAACAUGCACGAGUUCUGACCGAUUGCAUCCGGAUGUUGCAGAUCAGCGAAAGUGAGUUGGAUCUCAUUCGCCAAGAAGGUAUUCUGAAUCAUCCCAGAGGACGAUGUUUGGUGCGAUGUUUCCUGCUGCGAGAGGAUCUCUACUCUGAAGAAUCUGGACCACGGCCGUUCCGAAUUUUGGUUGAAAAAGGAGGAGCCGAUGAUGGAAUCGAGUUUCGGAAACAGGGUGAACGUUGCAUCGCUCGUCUGCAGAGAAACUUCUUGGAUCGAUGCACCCUGGCGGCCAGAAUAGCCGACGAAUGUUACGAUCAAACGCUUUUGAAGAUUAUUGAUGAGGGGCUUAAAAAUAUCAAAACUUAA